AUGAGUGAUUAUUCUUCUAUGGCUACGCCUCAAAACAACAGUGUAACAGGGGCAUUUGCGGCAGCUGUACAACGUGCGAAAUUGGUGGCCGCCAAAAUUGAAGUUGGUGGAAAUAAGAGAUCGCUUGAAGACGGACCUGAACCAAGCUCUAAGAAAAUAGCGUCUACCGAGCCCCAAUAUUCUCCUCCACAAAUGAAUGUAACAGCAGCAGCGGCAGCGGCGGCGGCGGCAGCAGCACGUCUUGCUGCAAAUUCUGCAUCUCCACCAGCCCCAACAGGACCACCCAACAUGAUGAACGACCAAGCUAUUAAUGACUAUAUCAGGGUUCCCGAUAAAAUGGUCGGACUCAUAAUCGGUCGGGGUGGAGAGCAGAUCACAAGGUUGCAAGCCGAGACCGGAUGCAAGAUCCAAAUGGCCCCGGACUCUGGUCAGCCAGAUCGACUUUGUACCCUCACUGGGUCGCGCGAGGCUAUCGCUAGGGCCAAGGAACUCGUAAAUAACAUCGUGAAUCACCGCGGUCGCGAGAAUGCACCGCAACACCCUGACCAGGGGAUGUCCCCUAUGGGAGGGCCAAGGGGCGGAGGCGGUGGACUGGGUAUCACUGAUGAAAUAAUGCUGCCUGGUCCCAAAGUUGGUCUGAUUAUUGGUAAAAAUGGCAAAACCAUCAAGCAGCUGCAGGAACAAUCAGGCGCUAAAAUGGUGGUGAUUCAAGAUGGACCUAAUACUGAAUAUGAAAAGCCACUGCGCAUUUCAGGCGACCCGGCCAAAGUGGAGCAUGCAAAACAACUGGUUUACGAGCUGUUGCAAGACAAGGACGGCCAGGGUGGUGGGCGUAGCUUUGACGAUGGUUACCAAGAGCAAGGCAAUGGUGUCACAUCUAGUGAAGUUUUAGUGCCGAAAACGGCUGUAGGCGUAGUCAUAGGACGCAAUGGUGACAUGAUAAAGAAGAUUCAAAAUGACUCAGGAUGCAGGGUACAGUUCCACCAGGAGAGGGAAGAGGGACCAGGAGACAAAAGAUGUUACCUGCAGGGUCAGCCACACCAAGUUGAACAUGCGAGACAAAUGAUUGACGAUUUGAUCAAUAGUGUCAAUCAGGCCAUCCGCUCUGGACGAGGUCGCUCCGGUGGCAAGAACAACAAUCAAGGCAACAACGACAGGGACAAUCAGCAGUGGCAAGACAACUCGCCCGAAGUCAGGGUCACGUUCUCGAUGCCAAAUGUCAAGUGUGGCCUCAUUAUUGGCAGAGGUGGCGAAGUGAUAAAGCAAAUUAACGCCCAAUCGGGCGCGCAUUGCGAGUUAGAUAGACGCGCACAGAAUCCGGACCGGGUCAACCGGACAUUCUUCAUCAAAGGCCACCCGGACGCAGUAGAGAACUGCAAGCGAAUUAUCAUGGAGAAAGUUGGCAUGCCGGUGAACUUUAUCCCGGACGGCGGUCCCGGUAGUGACAAUGGCAACGGAGGCAAUAACGGUGGCGGGCCCGGUGGUGAUUUUUACGGUGGGGGCGGAGGAAGCGGCCCCGCCUGGGGCUACAACCCUCAUUGGCACCAGCAGCAACAGCAUCAGCCACAGCAGCAGCAAGUGCAGAUCAACCCUGCAACUGGCCAGCCAGAUUAUUCCCAGCAAUGGAUAGAAUACUACCGCUCCCUUGGGCUGAUGCGUGAGGCGACGGCGAUCGAGCAGCAAGCCAAACAGCAGCAAAUGGGGGGAAACCAAUCAAACGCACCGAGCCCCAGCCAAGCCAGCUCUGGGCAACCAUCGAACACACCGACCACGACCAACGCCAAUAACGGUACUGGUGCUGGGGCGCCGGACUACAGCGCGCAGUGGGCCGAGUACUACCGCGGAAUGGGCAAGAUUAAGGAAGCCGAAGCGAUAGAGGCGCAAUUCAAGGUCAAGCAGCAGCAAACACAGCAGCCGCAGCAGCCAGCGCCUCCCUCUGGCGGGCCGCAACCGCCAACGCACGCGCCCAGCCAGCCGUCCCCCGGAGCAAUGGGGCAGUACCCCCAAUACCCGAUGUAUCCGCCGGUUUACCCCUACCCGUACCCAUACGGAAACGCCCCGGCUGAAUCCGGACAUCAGUAA